CACGUGCGAUAUCUUUAUUCCACCCCUUAUUGUAGACCUCGAGUCCCCUGCUAACAUACUAGCACAUAUCACAACUACAGCCUCUUACGCCUAAAGAAAAAAAAAGGAAAAUUGAGCAGUUGCUUUUAACGCAGGCCCCGCCUAACUUACGCUGUGGCGGCUAAAUAUGUUUAUUCUUUAAGAGCGUUGGUUUCUCAACACUACAUCCUGGAACGCGGCCAUGCCGAGGCCGAUAACGAAGGAGAUACGCCGGCGUCGUGUUCCGAAGUCGGCAAGACGGCUCGCAAAUGUGCGGCGGCAUGGGUCGCCUAUUCCUCGCGCUGCUUUACGUGGCGGCCUUGAACCUCGGGAUCGACGGCGCCGGGCCCACGAGGUCUUUCACAGUCGACUACGCGAACGACCGCUUCCUGAAGGAUGGCCACCCCUUCCGCUACAUUUCCGGGUCCCUGCACUACUUCCGCGUCCCCAGGGAGUACUGGAGAGACCGCAUGGAAAAGAUGAGACUCGCCGGCCUCAACGCUCUCCAGACGUACGUGGAAUGGAGCGGCCACGAACCGGAACCCGGAACUUUCAACUUCAGAGGUGACUACGAUCUCAAGGCCUUCCUGGACACCGCGAACGACGUCGGGCUGCUCGUAAUACUGAGGCCGGGCCCUUACAUAUGUGCCGAGAGAGACAACGGCGGCUUGCCGUACUGGCUGCUUAGGCUUAACCCCCAAAUGCAAUACAGGAGUUCGGACCCGUCUUACAUGUCUCGCGUCGAGAAGUGGUUCCACGUGCUGCUACCAAUGGUAGAGCCGUACCUGUACAAGAACGGUGGUCCCAUUAUCACCGUGCAAGUCGAGAACGAGUACGGGCAGUACGUCGCCUGCGACAAGGACUACAUGCGGCAGCUCGUCGGCAUCUUCAGACGCUACCUCGGCCAAGACGUCGUGCUGUUCAGGACGGACACGCCGGGCGACGCCAUCUACGAGUGCGACCGGGUGCCCGGAACGCUACCGACCGCAGAUUUCGGUGCCAGCGCGAACGUCACGGAAAUGUUUUCCAUCGUGAGACGGGCGAUGGGACGCGGACCGCUCGUCGUGACCGAGUACUAUCCCGGAUGGCUCGACCUCUGGGGCCUUCCGCACGCGGAAGUAGACCAGCGCGGGAUGCUAAAGACGCUCGAGGAGAUACUGCUGCACAACGCGUCGGUGAAUCUUUACAUGUUCCACGGCGGCACGAACUUCGGCUUCACGAACGGCGCCAGUCCGACCCCUCAGCCGACGAGCUACGACUACGGGGCGCCGCUGACGGAGGCUGGCGAUCCCACGGAGAGCUACUACAACGUGAGAGACGUCGUCGGACGCUAUUUGCCGGUUCCCAACGGCACGCUUCCGGUUCCAGCCCCCAAGCUUAACCUCGGGUCCGUGAACGUUCCGCAUUGCGCGUCGCUGCCCAAGAUCCAGGAAUUCUUUCGUCGACGCGGGUUCGUUGAGGCGGCGACGUCUCGGAACCCGAAGACGUUCGAAGACCUCGGCGCGGCCUACGGUUACGUGCUGUACACCACGAGCGUGACGUUUCGUCCCGAGAGCCCGGCCAUUCUGCAGGCCCCCGGGAUCAAGGACAGGGGUUACGUGAUGACCGCGCAGAGUCGAGCGGUAAUCGACAGUCGUUCGUCCGCGCACAGCGCGCCGGUGGUGGUGAGGCAAGGCGAGAACAUCACGAUUCUCGUGGAGAACACGGGCAGGAUAAACGUUGGAAUCGGGAACCACGAUCCCAAGGGAAUUCUUUCGAACGUCACACUGGACAAACGCGUCCUACUUGGCUGGACAAUGGAACCAGUGCCGGUGAGCAACCCAGACGCAAUGAGUGACCUGAACGAAGCCUUGCACUCGGUCACCAAUGAAUCGCGCUGUUCCGCCCCUGGCGCUUUUUACGGCUUCUUCGCUGUACCUUACAUCGGCGACAACGUUCCCGACACCUUUCUGGACACGACUGGCUGGGGGAAGGGAGUGGCCUUCGUCAACGGCUUCAACCUGGGCCGAUACUGGCCCAGCAUCGGGCCGCAGGUAACCCUGUACGUUCCCGGCGUGCUGCUCCAGCCGUUCCCGUCGCAGAACACGAUCUUGCUCUUCGAGACAGAAUCUGCACCGAGGGGUGCCAAGACCGUCCGCUUCGUGGACGUUCCAAACAUCGACGGUCCGGUACCUGAAGGCUCGGCGCGUUCCCGAGUGGUAUAAGGAACGGGCAUGCCGAACUCCGGCGUCGACUCGAAGACUCCUAUGUCUCAGGAGGUCUUCUACGUGGUCGCGAUUCUAAUCGCCGGUUGUCCAGUGCUACGAAGCCGGGUGCGCGAACUGUUAGGCAUGACUACUUUCUAACGUCGACAGCAAAUAAACUACCGUGAGUUGCGAUAGGACUGCACGCACGUGAAGUAGAAGAGUCUGUUUUCUCUCUCUAUCUCUCUAUUUUGUUCAAUAAUAUAUCGUGCAAGCUUCUGGUAUACAACUCUCGCCGUUUCUAGCUUCGCUCAAGAUAGGUCAAGACAGGUCAAGUAGCGAAUUACCUCUAUUCGCUUGCCGGCACGAAAUCUAAUAUAACGAGCAUUUUGUUUUAGACUAUGCAGAAUAAAAAAAAAAAGAACACGUGUGGCAGAGAGCACAAUUAUGGUCUUGAUCAAACUGGACCAAUCGAAGAGGCGGACAUUACUUGCCUCAGAAAUCGGAACACAUAAUUGGCUGAUUAACAAAAUUUCACUAACUAGAUGUCUCAUUAACACUUUGCAGCGCGUAUUGCAAUUCACGAAUUGUAGCCGGCGUGUUCCCAAGGCGUUUCAGAUUGUAACGAAUACUCAGCACUGUACGAGUUUCCAGGUAUUCAUUCUCGAAGUGUGCGACGAGACAUGAUGGCGUUCGAUUUACUCACUCGCUUCAAUGCACGAAAUGUCAUUUUACUAAAGAAUGUAAGCGGAAACAGUGCGUUUUCACCGCAUGAUUAGAAACCUGUCUAGAAACCGGUAGAAAAGUGUCUAGAAACUGGUGCUAUCCUCUUCGUUCCAAGUUCAUAUGCCUUGCAAACUCACCGGUUACGAUUAGUUAAUUGCAUUGUGCACCGCAAAAAUAUUCAUUCUGAAAUCACAUUGAGCAAUUUUAUCAAAAUUCUUGAUGAAUUGUGCAUUGCGUUUUAUUGUGCAGGCAAUGACUGCCUCUAUGAGUAAUAUAGUUUGUACAAGUGAUACUCCUGAGCGAUUCUCUGUCAAAUCGCCACAGAACACUAUGGAGCAAACGUGAAUCACUUAGAAAAUGUCAUAAUUUACCGCGCAUAUAUACGCACUAUGGUAAAAAGUAUCGAGAAUAUUCUGUCCCGUUUUAGUGUAAGCAGUUUCCCAAAAAAAUAAUCCUACAACAUUCCCUAAAGGAAGCCAAACAACAAAUUAGGCAUCGUUGCUUUCUCAUUAAAAUAUUCGUUAUCUAUUAUGUUCUUUUUAAAUUAUUGCAAAGUUUAUUUUUUUCACUCUUGUCCUGUAAGCAACGAAAAGAUCGUGUUCUUUUCAAGUAUUUAUUUAUUUUAUAUUUAUUUUUAUUAGAUUGCCGAAAAAAUUACGCGACAGCAUUCAAAUGAAAAAAUAAAGCUAGAUUGUUUAUGUUUUCGUUACUAACGCGGUAUAGUAUUUAUGCAUAGUGUCACCUUGAAGAUGUUGGUAUAUGUAUUGUACUCCUGUCUUGUAAGCCUUG